AUGACUUAUCGUGUUGUUCGCGGGGCCGGGAAGCUGGGGGCCCCACUCUUCCGGGUGUAUAUUGCCCCGUGUCUUUCCAAAAGCCAGUAUUUCACUUUUUCAGCCACAAGGGGGGCCGUGCAGCACAACGUGAGGCAUCGUCGGGGCCUCUUUGCCCUUAACGAGAGGCCCAACUGCUCGCCUGAAGCAUUCAACUCAAGCGCCUUUGGGCCGGUUGCCGAGUCCCUCGUGGGGGCCCCUCGGUGUAGGUUGGUUGGGGCCCCGACGCUCGUAGCGGGGGAUCUUGGGCGAUUCUCCGGUUGCGUCUUGAGGACACCCCACAGUUCCCUGCAACGGCGGUUUGUGGCGCGUGUCAAAGUGCAUCGUUUUGCGGGAGUUGUGCCUCUAAAAGUCCGCUCGCCAAAGUCCGAGUGGUAUAUCCAGGCUGAAAAGGAGUUCCUCAGCGAAAGAGACAAAGUGCCGGAAGGGUACAUAGAGCGCUGGCGGGAGGAGGACCUGGCAAGUCUCCAUGUGGGUUUGCGGAACUGUCUUUCUUUGCGUUGCGCGUCAAGCAAACAAUUGCAUCAAUGGAGGAAGCUGCAGCUAUGCAGACAGCUGCAGCGACGGCCCUUCGACACAGGCAGCAGCGCCGUACAGAUCGCAUGCCUUACGGAGAAGAUCCUCAACGCUCGGCAGCACCUCCUGCGGCACCGCCGGGACCAUUCUAAAAAGCGAAUUCUUUCGAUUUGGCUGGCGCGGAGACAGCGGGUCAUGAAGUACCUCUACAGGACGGACUUCGACCUCUAUAAACUUACUUGCAAUCUUCUCCGCAUAAAGUGCGUUCACUUCGCUAUACCGGACUCGAGGGACAGACAGCGGGCCAUAAGUCCGGUGGCCAUCGACGGAGAUCGCUGCAAAUUCUUAAUUCGACAGCGUUUGUGGAAGGGUCGCUACCGUCCGAGGCCUGUGAAACAAGCGGAGGGCAAGACUGUUCGGUACACACGCCAUGUCAUGGAGCAGCCACCACCGGGUUGGAAUAUGCCCCACGAGACAAAGCCGCGAAUCAGCCGGGCCUGGCCGUAUGGCGUCAAGGAGGAGCGACUCAAAGGGGAGUAUACAAUCCCCAAUCCCACAGCUGCAGGCAUAGGGUACUGCCCUGUGCCGCUCUUCUUUUGA